AUGGAUGAGCUCACUGAUGGGGUACUAGAUAACCAUGACGAGCGUGAGCUAGAAGGUGAAGCUGUGUUCGAGGGUGGGUUGGAGCUGGAAAUGAUCAAAAUCGGGCUACUAGAGCCGCUGACAACUGAGCUAGAAGAGCUUGUGCUCGAUGAAUACGAGCGACUUGAGCUUGGGAUCAGUCGCGUGGAGCUUGCCGUUGUGCUGGAUAUAGACGUUGAGGAAGCGGGUGUACUGGGGCUCGACGUGCUGAUAGCAGUGUUGCUGGCGCUGGUAGAAGAGAUUUUGGAUGAAGUUGAGCUUCUCGAGGAGACCAGAGGAGUAGAGCCUUGA